UGCGCUCCGGAGUCUCCAUAAAAGUUAGUGCGCGCGGAGCUCAGCUGUCAGACUGGGGAGAGACGCGGCGAAGCGAACACCGCGGACGCGAGCGAUCGGUCGGGAUCGAUCCCACUUUGACAAAUCAUCACAUUCGUCGCGAGAGUGCGCCGUGAUCGCGCGUGGGACCGUCCGCUUCCAAAGGUGUCACCUCCGGGACGCAAUUAAAGCGCGUUAUCAGAGUUUUGUUUGUGGACCAGCGGAAUAAACAGGGCUUUGGAUGCAGGAGAGUCUCGGCUGUGCGGCGGGUGAGAGGCAAACCAUCCCGAAUAAGACAUUCUGACAAGGCUGUUUGAUUUUUGAAGAAGCAGAAGAAGAUUAACACCCCCCCCCCCCCCCCCCCCCAACAUUACAGGCACCUCUACCGUUGGUCCCGUUGGGGUUUUUUUCUUCUCGCCAGUCCAGCACGCAAAUGCCUCCACAUCACAGACACGCCACUGGAUUGGAGUAGCAGCCCCACCGAUGGUUUGAGAGGGCGUCAAGGUGCGGGAAGGGAGUGGGACAAUUACAGGAUGAGUGAGCGAUACACGCGGAUCGGAAGUAAAGGGGCUCUUCUUGUAUUGGUGCUCGUGAUCAGUGUCUGGGAGAUGGCCGUGCCAACGGAAGGAGCUAAAGCCCACCACGUCCCAACAGGCACCUGCGAGGUGGUGGCGUUGCAUCGCUGCUGCAACAAGAACAAAAUCGAGGAGCGGUCUCAGACCGUGAAGUGCUCCUGCUUCCCGGGCCAAGUGGCCGGCACCACCAGAGCCGCCCCGUCGUGUGUAGAUGCCUCAAUAGUGGAGCAGAAGUGGUGGUGUCAGAUGCAUCCGUGUCUUGACGGAGAGGAAUGCAAAGUUCUCCCUGAUCUAAAGGGUUGGAGCUGUGCUACAGGAAACAAGAUCAAAACUACUAAGAUUUCAGCGGACAAAGAGCAGCUUUGGUAACGCUUCACAGCGCAGUCCAGGCGAACUAACACCUCCGGUCUUUGUCGGAUUAUCAAAAGAGAAAUAAUUCAAAGGAACUUUCUGUAAAUAGAGACUUCCUGUUUUCUGGACUGCAGUUAAUCUCUGGAAAACUCUGAAUGCGUCUUCUUGAACUCGAUGGACAUGAAGCAGUGAUACCGGGGCCCUUCUUUUGGGAGGACUCCAUUUGAUCAGCCUUACUGGAGGCCGGAUUUAUCCUCUAACGUGGUACUGCUUAUGGUGGAACACAACGGUGAACUUUGCCUGUUUGUUCAUUUCUGGAGUAAUGUGUCCAUCACACGGGACCUGCAUCACAAGUCGACGGGUCUGUUUGUUGUAAGUAUCGCAAAUACUCAAUGCAAAAUGUGAUUUGUUUUAUCAGUCAAUUGUGGCUUCUUCUCUAACAAGGUGUAGUUUCGAGAGUUCAAACAGAGUAAAAUAUGUGGCUCAGCUGAAGAUAUUCAGGGUGAACUUUAAAAAAAAUACACAACCACAUUUAUACACCUAUCAUUCCUACUGUGUGCCAGAGAUAGGGUUAAAGCAUUCUAAAUAAAUUUGAAACCUGCAACCCAUUUUGAGGCCUGCUGACCUAUACCAGGGCGGUAAAGCAGUGAAGCUUGAACCGGUUGUGGUUCAUUUUUCCUUUGAACAUCCCUCUGCCGCUGUCUGCCAGAUCUUUUUUCAUCAAAGCUCUGGAGAUCAGAUUCUAGACAGCAGUGUAAAUUAUACACACAGCAUCUAGUCGCUGGCAGAGUGAUGAAAACAAUGCUCUCAAAACGACCACUUUUCAACCAGUCACUCCAAUAGGAUUUCCUGAUCACCUUUGAGUAGGUAUUGAUGACACUUCCUUUGUCUGUGCAAGUGAUGACAUCAUUAAUAAACUAUGGUUGUGUAA